AUGGAGGAGUGGAUUCCGCUUCUCGACAUUUUCUCCAAGAGUCCCUCACCGGAAACUCAAGCGUCUCUCUGGUUAGACGAAGCUUCCAUCUCUUCCUCCUCCUCUUCUCCGAUAAACCGGAGCUCAUUUGUGUCACUGCUGAAGAAACAACGCUUCGAUCAGAACUCAUCUCCGUCUUCAAACAAGGUUAUGUUCAUUGAGACGUUACCCAACAUGGUCCAGUCUCGGAUUCUGUCGUUCCUUCUUUACGAUCAAAGGAGGUUUUGCGGUAAGGAUUUGGUUUGGCUAGCGAGGGAGAUGUUGGGUGGCCGUGGUAAGGAGGUUGAUUUCUGGGUUCAGAGAGAUGCACAGAACCUGCUCGAUAUAAUGCCUGAACGAAAAAUCGAUUGGAUAUCUCGUCUAGAUUUGGGUUCAGAUGAUGAGGAUAGUAUUGGGGAAGAGUUUGACUCUGUACCUGAUUGGUUAACUGAGAAGAAGGGUGGUUCUACUGGUGUAAUUCUUCCGUGGCUUCCGGUAUCAUGCGCGGAUGUAGGUUCAGAAACAGUUGUUGUUGAUUCUUGUGAUGAAGAGUAUGUGAUGAGUCAAGGUAGAGAUAAUCUGGAAGUUGAUCAUCGAGAAGCUGUGGAUGAUGACAAUGAUGAUGAGAUUAAUGUUGGUUUACAGCCUGAUGUUCACGAAAUGGCUGUGAACCUUAGAGCUCAGAUUAAGAACUGUGAGUCUAGUUCUGAAGCUUUAACUUUGUGUGAUGAAAUUCGGAAACUUUGCUUGGGGAAAGGUAGGGACUGUUUAAGAGUUUUGGCAUUGGUUGAGCCUUGGAAUGCAGAUGAUGAGACUGCUGCGGUUAUGCUUUCGAAUCUGCAUAACGGAAUUGAGGAAGAAAAGCUUGAAUGGCCAAGCCAGAUUUUAUGCUCAACCGUGCUUCCCAAGUUUUUGUCUCUCGAGAAAUCCCCUUCUCGUGUGUUGAUGUCUGCAACAGUUGAGUUUUGCAAGAUCCACCAAAGAGCAGCUGAGUAUGGUUUGGUGUUCCCUUUGAUACUAAGGAAAGAAGGGAUCAACAGCUUCAUCUGUGAGGUGGUUUCAAGGGUUUUGAAAGAAUGCUGGCACUUGGGUCAUAUCUCUGCUUUUUGCCAGAAGUUGCUCUGUGGAAGAACAGAAGAGAGGAAGUUUAUGCUUCUUCCCUGCCAUAGGGAUCUUAUAUCUGAUGACCUGACGUGGAAUGAAUCACUGUUUAUCUUUUUUCAGAACAUCUUGAUCCACGAAGUCCCUUUAACCCAAGGUUCCGUUGAUUGUCUUGUUUCUAAGGUUCAGGAGAUGGCAGAAAGGUAUUGCAAGUCACUAAAAUUUGGAAACUUCUUGCUACAUUUCGUCGCCAAAUGUGCUCCAAUGCUACAUGCUCACAAGUGUCUGCUGAUAGAAUCUCUUAAGUGUACUAACAGUCUAGUUACUAAGUCUAUCCUAUCGAAACUCAACGCCCUGUAG